CCAAAGCUUUCACACAAAAAGUUUUUAGACCAAGAAGCGAAGGAAAGGGCCUUGUGUUUUAACUAAUUUCAGUAUCGUACAACGACGUUGUUUUCCGGUUUUUAACUUUCGUUAAUUCUGGAGCUAAAGUUAAACUAAUCAAACGCGGGCCUCAAACGCACAGUUUCAUUGUAAAUUUGAAUCCCAAGUGAAGAUCACCUUGAUUUUAUUCCUACCAACAUGUCUUAUUCUAAGCUUGGAGGAUUUGAUGACGAUGACGAUGACUUUGGAAUGGAAGUUAGGGUAACAGAUGUAAAACCAAGAAGUUUUAGCGGAUUUGACUCGGGUUCACCUCUUCUCUCAGACACGGAUGGACCGCAGUACCAGGAGGAAGAUGUUCACUGUGGGAACGGCACUGUCCACGUUGCUGUUCAAGGUGAUAUGAAAAAGCCAGCCAUUGUAACCUACCAUGACAUCGGCUUAAAUCAUGUCACAUGCUUCCAAGGUUUCUUCAACUGUCCUGAUAUGCAACCAAUUUUGAAAAGGUUCUGUGUGUACCAUUUAAAUGCACCUGGGCAACAUAAAGAUGCAUCACCACUACCAACAGGAUAUGUGUAUCCAGAUAUGGAUGGCUUAGCGGAGAUGAUACUUCCUGUACUACAGCAUUUUGGAAUUAAGGAAUUUAUUGGAUUUGGUGUUGGAGCUGGUGCAAACAUAUUAGCUAGAUUUGAGUUGGAACAUCCUACAUUAGUACGUGGACUGACUCUUAUAAAUUGCGUUGCAUCAACUGCAUCGUGGUCGGAGUGGGGGCAUCAAAAGUUUUCUUCAUUUUACCUUAAAGGUAAAGGGAUGACCAAUUUCUCACAGGAGUAUCUGUUGUGGCACUAUUUUGGAAAGAAAACACUAGAAUCAAACCAUGAUCUAGUGGCAGUGUACAGAGAGAAUUUGGCGAAAAGUGUGAACCCUGCAAAUUUAGCACAAUUUAUCAACAGUUACAUCAAGAGAACUGAUCUAAAUAUCGUACGAGAAUUAGAAAAGUCGAAAAAGAAAGACGCAAGAACGCUAAAGUGCAACACAAUGCUUAUAUGUGGCAAAAGCUCACCUCAUAUCAAUGAUACCGUCGAAAUGAAUGGGAGAUUAGAUCCAGCCAAUUCCACAUGGGUCAACAUCUCAGAUUGCGGUGGGAUGAUCCUGGAAGAACAACCGUCCAAACUCGCAGAGUCUUUUCGUUACUACCUGCAAGGAUUAGGAUAUGCACACAAGGUCCAACUGAAAUCUCUAAAUUGCCAGAGGUAGCAACAACAAAAUUGACUUUGAUAUCAACAAUGCUGUAAAUUUGAAAGUGCUAGCACCAGCCAAAGCCCACGAGCAACCUGAUACCUUCCGAGUGAAGAAGGGUCACCCUUCGCCUGUAAUGCUCUAAAAACGCAACUGUAACGGGUCCCUUGAUUGGUCUCCUGCCAGUAAGGAACAUCCUGAUUAGUCAACUUUAAAAUGCAAAAUUACUGCCGAAUAUAAUAUAUGAAUAGGCCUAUUAUGGAACAUUAUUUUUCCAUGAUUAAUUUUCUUGGUUAGAAAAUGUUUAAAAUGUAAUGUAGAGAUAUAUGCACAGUUUUAAACAAGUACACCCGCGAGCACCACCGAAACAUUAAUGGAGCGAUAUAAAAUCUUAAUUUCGGUCUCAAGUGAGCCAUGUAGGAAUAAAAUAAAUUUAUGUUUAUUUUAUUCCUUUAUGAUUGAGCUAAACCAAACCUGAAAAAUAUAAUACAAUAUUGUUAUUGCUUAUGUUGUAUACUUAAUUCAGAUAUUAGCUUCCAAAUACAAAUUAGAAUGACAAAAAUAUUCUCCACACCAAUGAACCUUUCCGGAGUGUCAGUCACACUUACAAAUUGACCAAUCAGAUCAUCGCUAAGAAUACGCUCAUAUCACAUGAACAUGCAUGUCCCACAAACACACAUGUCCCACAAACACGCAUGUCCCACAAACACACGUGUUCACGUACGUAGUGGAAAGGUCCAUUAUAAGACGCACAAAUAAUAUUGCCCCAAUCUUCUAUGCAUAGAACCUAACAAAAGAUAAUUUGUAGUAACAUUAUAAAUUAGCAAAUAUGUAAAUUGUUGAAAAAAACUUACUUGUUCGAUUUGAAUAAUUAAUUGGAUAUUUAUUUUUUUAUUUUUAUUUUUCACUUUUCUACCACACACAGUGUAUAUUUUUAAAAGAUAAAUAGGCCUAGUAGACAUCAUAAUGUAUACAUUUAAUUAUAUACAUGUAUCACAUAUCUUGAUCUUGGUGAUUAUACAAUAUAAUCAUGACUAAAAAAAGGUAAUUUUUUUAAUUAAUAAAUAACUGUAUUUUUAUUAUUUUUUAGAUGUUCUUUCUAAUCGACGCUAAUAAAAUAUUCGUAAUGUAUAUUACUUCUGGCCAGUAAAAUAAUUGCUUCACAUGGUUCGCUUAGUGGUAAAUUUAAGAGGUUUAAAUGAUAGAUGUCUGGUAUGAAGUAGAAUUGUGUUUGGCAUUUAGUUUUCAAUACCUAGAACCUGAAACAUGUUUUUUUUUAUACUAGUUUACUGGUUCGAUUCCAAUAUAGGCCUAUGUUCGAUUUUGCUUUGCUGCAAUUCAUUGAAAUUUGAUGCGCUGUUUACGCCAACAUUGUUUACAUUACGAAUUCUUAACAUAUGCCUUUAUGUUGUGUUUACUUAUCGUCGUUAUUUUUAUUUCAUAAAACCUAACAAACACUGCUAACCCCAGCGUAUAUUCUGUUCUCCAUUGAAAAUUAUUUUUUUAAAUGCACAUCCACCGUAGAACACAACAGAGAUUAAAGAUGAGGCCUACGUAAAUAUUUUUGUAUCCCGCUUUCGUUUUACUAAUAAUUGGAUUUCAAGAAUAACAUUUGGCAGUGGAAAUUUUAAUCAAUCAUUAUUGUAAUAUAUUCGGUAACAAAAUAUAUCGACUCUUGAGCAGAAAAAAACAUUCUCCUCUUGGUCAGAACACAGGGAAGAUAUAGAUUUUUUUCAGAAAUUUUGAAGGUAUCAAUGAUUAGUUUUUUGAUAAAUGAGAGUAGCAUUCUGUCGUUUAGUUAUUGAGUAAAUAGAGGAGAAUCUUGUUAAGCUUUUGAAUGCGAAUGCCCGAUUAUAUUAUCUUACAUGAGUAGUAUAAAGCUAUUACGUAUAUGAUUCUCCGUGAUGUUGCGUAAGUCCGACUAAAUCGGUGUUCGCCAGGUUGAAAGGUCAUCAGAAUGUGAAUUUGUGGCAUAUGAUUAUGUUUCUGCCAAGUUCACCCAAUAAUUUUAAAUAUUAUUUAAUGAUGUGUGUACUUAAUUAUACACUAUAUAUUAGUAUUUUAAUGAUGCAUACAGAAUUUUGUACAAUACACCGAGUUUGUAUACAAGUACAGUUAUUAUUGUUGUUAUUUUUGAUGAUUAUUAUCAUUAUUAUAAGUAUAGCCCGUGAUUUAACAUAGAGCUACUGAACUGGUGUUUUGGCGACAUAGUCCUUUAAAUUAGCUGCCGGCCAGUUUUUUAAUGUCGAUAAUAAAUUGAAUAUUUUUGUCCUAAUUUAUGCCACAGAGAGUAAAUAUUGAGUACCGGUAUCCGAUCACAAAAUUACCAACAAUUUCUUGAUUAAAAUAAGUGAACACGAAUCAAGAUAAAGAUUAUAUUUAUCGGUAUGGUUAAAUAUAAUAGAUUUAUUUUGAAGUAAACCAAGAUUGACGUUAACUUACGUAAGAUUUCAAUAUGAUUAUAGAAAAUAUAAUUUCCAUGAAGAUGUUAUUAGCUACUGUAUUUUAGUUGCACGUUUUGGACCUGAUGUCAAAUUGUCUAAUACUUGUAUAAAGAGAUGUUUUCGCUUUCAAAUAAUGCAAUAUAUAGCUACGUGUACAGAUGCGUAUAUGAAUUUACUGCUUACAAACAGAUGGUCGUGAUUGUGAAAAACAAAUAAAAUUUGAAUGAAAUAAUUGAA